CCACAGUGUUGCUUGCCCGUGAUGGCGCGGCGAUUCAACGGGCCACUGGUGGAAGCGACCACGUCGACCGGUUGGCUAAGAGGAGCUGGAUCCGCACUUUCCUCCACGCUCAGCUCCAGCGUCCCUAUACCAAACCCCCCGACUCCCACCAGCAGAGGCCGCCAGGACCCGCGCCACGAAAGGAGAAGAGGGAGCCGAGCGGGGGUGCAGGGGGAGCAAGCCCCGGCCUCGACACACAGUCAAAGCGGGAGGGAUCCCAGAGGCCCGGCCCCCCCUCUCGGUCUCCGUGACCUCCUGCGACUCGGCGGCCGUCUGCGCGCCCACCUCCCUCUCCCCAUUCGCGCUCUUCUUUUCCUGCUGCUCGCUUUGCAGCUGAGUUCCUAUUGCCGUGCAAGACGAAGGCCUGGGUUGGUGUGUGUGUGUGGUGUGUGGGGGUGCCAGUGGGACCCGGAGAACGCCAACAACAACAACGACAACAGCAGCGGCGGCGGCGCUCGGGCGGUUGCGCGAGGGACGAGCCGCGAGGCCCUGGCGAGAAGGCCCCAGCGAGAGUGAAGGAGGAGGGUGACGAGGAGGCGCCAAGCGAGGUGCCAGCACAGCGCGGCAGGGUGCCAUGGCAAGCCGGUACGGAGAGUGGACAGUUUCCAGCAGUGAUGACGAGGAGCGGAAUGUGGAGUCAGCGGUGGCACCGGCGGCACCGGCGAGUGGCAGGCAGCCAGCUGAGUCCUGCCAAGGUGAGACAGGAGCAGGAACGCAGGAGCCACAGUACGACUCGGAUGCUACCUUGGUGGAUGAAACAGAGAAUGCUGCUAACCUAGAGGCUGAGAUCGCAUCCCUUGGUGAGAAGAGCUUAGGGAAUCCGCUUCCCAUCGCGCCCUCCCUGCCGGCCCUAGCAGGCAGCGCAGCCAACAAGCGCAAGAAGCCGUCGUGCGCCGACAACAGCUGGACGGUGUCGGAUAGUGAAGACGAGAACGACUUGGCUGGCGAGGAGGCUCCCGUGUCCUCUCCCACGGAGGAUAAGGGCAUCGUCACCACUUCCCAGCACAAGAGGCAGCGACUGGGGUCGGAUAGUGCCGGGAUUCCUGUCGUCGAGAACUCUGUGUGCAGUGAGAAAACACCCCCUCGUGAGCCGGAGCUGCAGGAGCUGCUGGUGCCGCAGGAGCCGCAGGAGCCGCUGGCACCGCAGGACGUCAUUGAGGCGCUGGAGCAGGCGGCUCCACUAUAUUUCUUUCUCACCAGAGUGGCUGGGAUUGGGAAGAAGCUGAAUAGUCAUGCACUGCACAUCACAGACAUUUUAUCGCCACUUAUGGGAACACUGAAGAAAUCUGCACAGUUUAACUACUGCUUUGACAUCCCGUGGCUUAUGGAGCAGUACCCAGUGGAGUUCCGGUCCCUGCCGCUGCUGCUGGUGCAUGGCGAGCAGCGUGCAAGCAAAGCUAAGCUCUUCGAAGCUGCCAGUUUCUACCCGAAUGUAACGCUGUGCCAAGCAAAACUGGACAUAAUGUUUGGGACGCAUCAUACAAAGAUGAUGCUUCUGCUGUAUGAAGAGGGUAUGCGAGUGGUCAUCCACACAUCCAACCUCUUCUUUCAAGACUGGCAUCAGAAAACCCAGGGCAUCUGGUUAAGCCCGAUGCUUCCUCGGCUGUCGACUAGCGAAGAGCUGCCGGAGAUGCAGGGCGAGUCUCCCACGGGCUUUAAGCAGGACCUCAUUGCUUACCUUAAAGCCUACAGCUCUCACUCGGUCACCUGCUGGGCUGAGCAUCUACAGCAACACGAUCUCUCCGAGGUCAGGGUAUACCUGGUUGGCUCAGUGCCAGGCCGCUUUUCAGGCGACAACAAGGAGAGCUGGGGUCACCUUCGGCUUCGCAAGCUGCUGCGCGAGAACCUAUCCCCUGUAGAGGAAGGAAAUGAACAGUGGCCUCUCAUUGGCCAGUUCUCCAGCAUUGGAUCCAUGGGGAUAGACAGCGACCGGUGGCUGCAGACCGAGUUUCAGGACAGCCUCGUGACGCUCGGCCAGAGUGGCUCACCAACCUACAGCUUCAAUCGCACACCGCUAAAGCUGAUCUACCCUACUGUGGAUAAUGUGCGGAUGAGCCUGGAGGGUUACCCGGCGGGCGGAUCCCUUCCCUACAGCGUCCAGACGGCAAGCAAGCAGCAGUGGCUACACUUGUACUUUCACCGCUGGUUGUCUGAGACAUGUGGCCGCACCCAGGCCAUCCCCCACAUCAAGACGUACCUGCGCAUCUCACCAGACUACACCAAGCUCGCCUGGAUACUGCUCACCAGUGCCAAUCUGUCAAGGGCGGCGUGGGGGAGCUAUGAAAAAAGGGGCAACCAGCUGAUGGUGCGAUCCUACGAGCUGGGCGUCCUCUAUCUUCCCACUGCGUUUAACCCAGGUGCAAAAUGGUUUCCCGUGGGACGAGGAACAGUCAUGAAAGAUGCUGAGGGGGUUGUUCCUUCCUUCCCGGUGCCCUUUGACCUGCCGCCAGUGCCGUAUGACAGUAACGACAAACCAUGGAUCUGGAACAUCCCUUAUACGCAUGCUCCAGACUCGCACGGCAACGCCUGGGUGCCUUCUUGAACCACGAACCGCUCCCCAUAUUUAGAUGCAAACCCCCCCCCACGCCCCCGACUGACCCGCCAACCUGGCCCUAUCAGCCACCUCACAGAUUUUGCCAGUGCUGUACCUCUUUAUAUUUCAUGGGUUAGUUGUCAGUGGGUACAGCCUCACGAGAAGUUAGCUCCCAGAGUCUGCCCACCCAGAAUAAACAAACUAGCCAACUACCCACCGCGUAUCUGGUUAGAUUGCAUAAUUGGUAGUAGCCAUGUUUAGAGUAUGGUAUUUCAUGUGAAGCCAAGUGUGAAUUUCAUGUUUUUAAGUGUCGUGUGGAUGGAAACACGUGUAACGAGGACCAAUGGCAAUGAGUUUUCUGGCCAGCUCCCAUGUUGGAAUCACAAGAAGAGUGCUGGCUGGCUUCUAUACUGGGCCUACAUCUUGCGUCUCAUUCAUGAACCGGAAGCUCCAGGCUAGUGUGAGAACUUGAAUUGCAGUGUUCGUGACUGUGUUACGCCUUGUAUUUGUAGCCUUUUGUACUCUCAUAUGUUCGUAUAUUUUUUAUAACAUUCUGUAGUGGACAAAAGUAUUAAUAAAGGCUGUGUGCAGUCUGCGGAACCCACAGCUGGUUCACCGUGAACAUUUAAGAACUGUCUGUGAUAUUCACCCGAAUAACAGCCUCGCUGAGUCUCACUGAUAUUUUUUGCACUCUGCACUGCGAUUAGUGAGUGGUGAGGAACCACUAUCUGUUGGGGUUGUGGAGACCUGAGACCAGUUAUAGAAAACUUGAAUCCUAAUCCUUCAAUGGAAUUUUCCUUUGCAGAUAUGGCCAGUCCCAGGUGUCUUUUUUCAAGGGAGGCCUGGACUUAAGUACAGUACAACCUGGAUUUCAGUGCAGUACAUCAAAAGGUGUUCACUACGGGGGACGUCUUGCAAAAACAGGACCAAAGCCGCACUGUGCACAAAACUCUUUGGGACGAGUCGUGACGCGUGCUGCAAGAUCUGACCAUGCCCGUCCAGUAGUGGCUCGCCGAGCUGCAUUGCAUUCCGAUUGCUCAACAAUUACAAUAUACGGUCGCACUCAUUACGCACAAAGUGCUUUCCACAAAUAACCCGCGAUACCUCGAUCUCGUCAAGGAGCAUAGACCAUCACGCGAACUCGCACGGACAUCCUCACAGCGGAUUUUGGCUUAACCAUUGAACAAAGACGGGCGCUUCAUCGCGCGCUUUCAGAUGCGCUUUCAGCGGCCGUCGGGAACGUUCUUCCUUCCGAUAUUAGGAAACCACCGGAGGUAUGCACUUUAAAAUCACCCAGAUUGAAAACGAAUUUCUCUUAGAACUACUUUUUGUGUUGAGUUGGCUACGUACGGUGCGCGACAGAAGUUCAACAACAGCCAUAACGUACAACGUAUAGGACCACAGAGCGUGGGCAAAUGUUGGCUCCGGUGUUUUUUAAGACAAGAUUUAAAUGAAUGACGUCAUAUACGAAGACGAGCUUUGGCAGCGCAAAUUUGCGCGUUGAAGUCGGGUGAGCGUGAUGACGUCAUCCAUGUGCUUUCUGCCCUGUCGGAUGACGCCAUCUAGUCGAAGCCGUUCCUUAAGGUAACGAUGACGUCGGGCGGAAAUGGGUUUCAAAAUAAAAUUAAUACCAAUUAAAUGCCAAUAAAACGCGAGUCGUUCUUCCGGAAGAUUGUGACUUCCAUUGGUUUAGUUUUUUUUAUUUGGAGAAAGGCGACAAUUUUUCCGUGAAUGUCUUCGGCAAGAGAAGCAUUUUUUGUCCAACAAAAUAGAGAGCGUUACGGACGGACACGCGCAUUCUAUUUACAGAAACACAAUUUAAAAACCGAGACGGGCUGAAGCCUGCGAAGUGAGAGGAGGUGGGACCCAAACAACCGCUGUCGAGAAGACCUUGCGUCAUCCCCCACAAUGCCGUCAUCGCGUUACCAACUUCCGGUGAACGAACGCUCGUGACGCCAUCGCGGCGUACGUGACGUCACUCGUCAGAGCCCUCUCCGCGUGACGUCAUCUCCCCUACCCACCGUGUGCUUGGCAGAGCGAGUGGAGCGCCAUGGGGCAGAGCCAGUCAGGAGCGCCCGGGUCCGGUGGUGGAAAGAAAGAUGACAAGG